UCCGCUUUCGAAUGAGCAACUUCCCGAGGUAUGGAUUAUGGAAGAACGUAGGGAAAAUACAAGUGGGGGGGCGUUUAACCCUUUAAGAAUUUAAGGAGAAUUUUAUAAAAAAUUAAAUGGCGGACACUAAGGACCUAGAAGAUGACAUAAUCGUACCAGCCGUGUCUUCAGAGGAUCCGAUAUCAAGAUCUCCGGAUCUGUCAGAAGCUAAACACUUGUGUCCGUCCAGUCCCGUCAUACUACAGGAAGCGGGUUCAUCGGCACUAGAGCAGCCGGCGCCGGUCCGUCUAAUGAACACGAGCUGGUGCCAGUGCGCCAACUGCAUAUCGCUGCCCACCGAGAUGGAAUCGGUCUGCUGUAAAGAGAUUGAAAAAAUCAAGGGUCACCUAGAAGGCAGGAGCUGUAUAACCGAGCACCCGCUCUUCAAGUUAUUCUGCCAGAAUGAAGAGGUUGUGAAUAUUAAUUUACGCAUCAUUCACAGGUUUCCGCCUCCAGAUGCAGAGAAGAAUAGAUAUCUCCGCAGGGUAUGUUACCGCUUUUUUUCAGCGUGGAUACACGGCUACCGGGGCGAGGGAGAUAAGAAGCCCAUCCCGGCCUGUGUGGUGCAUAAAGUAAGAAACGCCUUCCCCGGUCUCCAGAACGUCUUCACUGGGUUCCGAUUCACAGGAGACCCCCCUGCAGAAUCCAUGGCCUGGGAGUGAAGAUGUCUGUGCUUUCUCUCAUCGGUUAUUAUUCUCUACAGAGAUGGCUUGUGUGUUCAUUUGUGCUAUUUUUUUAAUAAAGUUUUAUUUUGUUGAUAGUUUAAUAAACUGCAGUUCUAUAAA